AAUGAGUUGGCGUUGGGGGUGGGUCCCACUGGCGGUUCAGCAACAUGCGGUUCCGGUUCAGGACCUCGUCCUCAAUCGGUCCACUCCGCUUCUGCGAAAUUUCUUCGUCUCUCACCUCGCCUUCUCGAAUUGGAACUCCUUCAACCUUUGCACCGUUCAACACGUCAUACUCUCUUCAACUAUCGCCUGAUCAGCUUCUCCGAUUUGCCGGCGAUCUCCCUCUGUUCGCGAUCGAUCAACGAUUGAGGUUUAGGACACAGAGUCAGAGGUCGAAAUGUCCGUGUCGGAUUCCGAUUCCUCCUCCUCCUCCUAUGGCGCUGACUGCAAAAGCCUAAAACAAGUUAGCCGCGAGCGAUUGCUACAUGAAAUGCUCAGGUCAGCAAAAACAGGGGAUUCAAAAUCUACAUGGAAGGUACUAAUAAUGGACAAACUCACUGUAAAGAUAAUGUCUCAUUCUUGCAAGAUGGCUGAUAUCACUGAUGAAGGCGUGUCAUUGGUUGAAGACAUAUACAAGCGAAGGCAGCCGUUGCCCGCUAUGGAUGCUAUAUACUUCAUACAGCCAACAAGAGAGAACAUAAUUAUGUUUUUGUCAGACAUGUCUGGAAGGAAACCCUUGUACAGGAAGGCAUUUGUUUUCUUUAGUUCACCUAUUGCCAGAGAAUUGGUUAUGGAAAUUAAAAAAGAUGCACAGGUGUUGCCUCGAAUAGGUGCUCUAAGAGAGAUGAACUUGGAGUAUUUUACCAUAGACACUCAGGUAUGUGGUUGUGCAUUAGUAGUCAAUUUCACUGCUUGAUCACCGUAGUCUUCUAUGACUGUCAUCGUAUAUGACUUUUCAUAUGAAUAAAAUUACUGUCCUUUUGUUUUCAUUGGGAUUAUAUAAAAGAAUUGAAAGGCUGUAUUUUCUGAUUGAUUGAUGUGUACAGGUGGUACGCAACUAUAUAGAUAUAAGGUUGGUUGACAUAAGGCAAAAAUUCAGCUAAUCUAAAGUUGGAUAAGUAGAGAGACAUUGAGCUGAAACCGUGUGUUUCUGAGACUAUAUUUAUAUUGAGAAAACGAAAUCAGUAUAAUAAACAAAGGAGAUAUGUCAUCCUCUAAUAAUAAAGAUAUAAUACAUGGAUAAAUAAAAAUAUUCCUAAUAAUACAUAUAUAAUUCAUAUAUUCCUGAUUCUAAAGAUUAUAAAAUAUAUUCCUGAUUAUAAAAGAUGUGUGCACAGCAUCUCAAUGUUCUUGAUGAGGAGAGUUGAAGAGUUGACUUACUAGGCUCAUUGUAAUGACAAUAUCUAGAAGAGUUACAGUGAGGUAAUUUAGCUUACCAACUAAUUGUUUGGCAACAACUGUGUCCACAAAUUUGUGUGUAUUCUUCCUUUGCAACCAAGUGAGCUUUAUAGCUAGCAAUUUUAACAUUAGGUUCUGUUUUAAGAGUGUACAAUAACUAACACCCAAAAAUUGAUUCCCCAGUUGGAAAAGGAACCAAUUCCAAAAUACCACUACUUUGAAGGAUGAGAUAAAGUGUUAGGGAACUAAUUGUAUCUAGUAGAAGAAGAAACAUUACCCAGCCUAACUGCCUGGCAGUUAGGUAAGUCAGUAUAAAAGGGGUGGGUUGGUUGGUGAGAGGGGGGAGUUUUUGGAGUGUUAUUGUUUGGCGGGAACUCUUGUAGUUCUUUGGAGGGAGGUUAAGCUCUCGGGUUACGUUGUAUCACCAUUCUUGUUGAUUCUUUUCAUUCUUUUCAAUAAAAGGAGGCUGUAUAAUUCAGAUAAAUUGUCUUUGUGUGUAUUCGAGUGUUUGUCCAUAGGUUCUUGAUCUCAAGAACCUAUCAUUUGGUCCGACCUGCCGGAUCC